AUGCUGAUGCUGAUGCUGAUGCUGAUGCUGAUGCUGAUGCUGAUGCUGAUGCUGAUGCUGAUGCUGGACGUAGACUCGCGUUCGGAGCGUGAAAAGGCUGGCAAAGGUCGUGGUGCUCGGUUGGCCUCCUUUCUGCAACUCUGGCAAAGAAAAGGAUCUGACGUGUAUCGGUUCGCAUUAUUUGGGCCUUCUUCCCCUCCCCCUGAGAGGCCCCCUCAGCGUAGUUUGAGCCCAGGUCGGCCAGAAAAUCUCAGACUCUAUGGAGAGCCGACUUUGACAACUGGUCGGAAAAUUCUCGUGGCGCUUUGCUUGCCAGAUACUAACAAGCUCAUAUAUUUCCUGCACCAAGGAGGUGCCACGAUUCGUGGAAAUUCCAAGUUUACACCCCAGCUACAACUUCGCAACGCAAUACAAUUAAAAUAGGAAAUCUAGAUCGACAACAAAAUUCGCAUUUAGCACUAUACUUCCAUCCACUUUUCGCGUGUCCCGAUGUUGUGUUUGGCCAAGAAAUCGCAGCUUUCAUUUUUG